GCAUUACGCAACUUCCGUAAACAUGAGAACAGGGAUCAGCUACACAAAAUACUCGAAAUUGAAAGAGUUGCUGAAAUUGUUUAACACCAGAAAUGCUACCCUUAAAAGAACACUGGCAUCUACAACUAAGACGGAUGACUCAAUAUCACAAGAAGAAGAAGGCUCAGAAUUUGCAUCAGAUCGAGAAAAAUAUCGUGGUCACAGACCAACAUCCAUGUUCCAGAAGGUUCUGCUUACUACUGGAUCUGCCCUUAUGUCCUUGUAUGAUCCUUCAAGAGGAGAUAUGAUCGCAACACUGGGAGAUGUAACAGCUGAUUCUGCUCUUAAAUACAUCAAACAGAAAAUGGAAGGGGAUUCUGUUGGGCAGCAAAUUUUACUGGAACAACCAGUUAUCAAUACACAGACUGUAUCUAUAGACUAUCUUGGCAGUUUGCCAGAAAACACAUUUGGAAAGGAAUACUGGAGGUUCCUGAGUAAGCAUGGAUUUUCACCAGAUGCUCGUCUGCCAGUUCACUAUGUUGAUGACCCUGAGCUUGUGUAUGUAAUGUUACGAUAUCGCCAAUGUCAUGAUUUGUUUCAUACAAUACUUGGAAUGAAGCCAAACAUGCUAGGAGAAGUAGCAGUCAAGUGGGUGGAGGCAAUACAGACAGGACUUCCCAUGUGUUCUUUAGGUGCAGCUUUUGGUGCACUGCGGCUGGGCCCAGUUCACAGACAGAAGUAUAUUUCAACAUAUCUACCCUGGGCAAUUCGGAAUGGACGCAAUGGGAAGAUGUUAAUGUGUGUGUAUUUUGAAAAACAUUGGGAGCGUGACCUUCAAGAACUACGAGAUGAACUAAAUCUAGAACCUCCUCCGGAAAUACCCUAUCCAUCUUGAUGCUGAUAUUUAUAUUUUUAGCUAGACUGUUUGAAGAAUAUAUAAAGCUAGUGUACUCUCACAUUCGACCAUGUCCUCAUCCACAUCCUGAUUUAGUUUUGUAUGUUAGCUGGUAUGCAAGUAUCCACAGAUGGAAUGGGUUGAAAUUCAUACACUUGUUAACUGUGAUAAUCUGAUAUGCAAUGCACAGGUCCUGUAACUAAUUACACCCAUUUUUCGAUUUAAUAAUUUUUGUAAUAGUUUUUGUAUAUAAGCUGGUAUUUUAAUAAUGACUAAUUGGAAUGGAUUGAAACAUCGCAAACUUUUUCCCAAUGAUGAUCAGACAUGCAAUGCAAAGGUUCCAUAUUUCAUAAAUUUUUAUAAAAUUAUGCCGCUUCUAAAUUUUACAUCCAUUCACUUAACUUUAUUCAUUGACAAGGCUUUUGAAUAGUCCAGCCUUGGUUGUUAUUAUUACAACUUGUUGGUGUUAGUGUUCUCAUUAUAGAUAUGUUGCUUCAUUUGAAAACCACUGUACUAAACAUGUUUUUUUUAUGAAUUUCUAAAUGUUCUUACAAUUCUGUAAGGAGAUAAUGCAUGCAAUGAGUACUCAUUUCCAAAAUGCUUUUAUGUUAGUACAUUAAUAAGUAAUGCUUUAGCAAAAUUGUAGUCUGUUUACCAGUUUGUUUUCAAGAUGCUUUAGGACUGUUUACAAGGCUGAUAUUGCUCUCUGUGUAGUUGAUCCGUGGACAGUUGCAUAAAGUAAAUCCUGCAUACUACCUAUGUCAAUUUAACAUCACACCAACACAGUUUAGGUCAUAUGGCAAAAAUUUAAGAUUUUAAGAAAGAUCCCAGGUGUUCCUACGGGCAAUUUUUUCAUCACAUCUAAAAAUGAAAUUUUUAUCUGACAUAAAAACACAUGCAAAUUCAGAUAUGGCUAAUGGAUUGCUUGAUCAUAGACUACCAACUUUCAACACUUUCUUGAACUAUUUACAAAUGUAAUGUUUGAAGUGCCAUAGCGUUUUACUGCAUAGUUUUUGUAUGUAUGUCUACUUAAAAAUAAAAUGAUACAAAUGUUUAAGGAAAAA